AUGAGUCCCUCACAGCGCUCCCUGCAUCAAGGCGUUGCUCUUCAACAACAACAACAGCAGCAGCAGUCUCAGAGCCCACAGUUUUACCAGCCACAGGUUCCAGCGUCCCCUACACGGUCCAUCCGCUCGAACCAUUUGACCCCCGUGCUGUCAAACACCUCCAGUCUCGCAUCAGCGUCUCGCACGCUCCAACAACAACAACAGUUUGGCUCCAGCAACUUUGACUCUAACGUGAAACCAACGUUCAACGUCAACACUUCCCCUUCAAGGCCUUCAAACUAUGUAUAUUUUGAACGUCAUCCUGAGAUUUUCAAGAAGCAGACACAGGAUAAAGCAGCUGCAGUGAAGUUACGUUUGGAGAACUACUACCAGAUGAGUGUUUCUCAUGCUGUUGAGCGUAACCAACGUCGUGUGGAUUUGGAACACAGUUUAGCCACUGAAGACUGCUCUGAGGAGCGUAAGAAUCGUCAGCUUCAGAGCCUUGGUCGUAAGGAAUCGCAAUUCCUGAGACUUAGAAGAACAAGGCUCAGUUUGGACGAUUUUGAAACUGUUAAGGUCAUCGGUAAAGGAGCCUUUGGUGAGGUUCGUCUUGUUCAAAAGAAAGAUACCGGUAAGAUCUACGCUAUGAAGACACUGCUGAAGAGUGAGAUGUACAAGAAGGACCAGUUGGCCCACGUUAAGGCCGAGAGGGAUGUUCUUGCAGGUAGUGAUUCUCCCUGGGUUGUUUCCCUGUAUUACUCUUUCCAAGAUGCUCAGUAUCUCUAUCUGAUUAUGGAAUUCUUACCGGGUGGUGAUUUGAUGACCAUGCUUAUCAGAUGGCAAGUUUUUACUGAGGAUAUCACGAGGUUUUACAUGGCUGAAUGUGUCUUGGCGAUUGAAGCCAUUCAUAAGCUAGGUUUUAUCCAUCGUGACAUCAAACCAGAUAACAUCUUGAUCGAUAUCCGUGGGCACAUCAAACUCUCUGAUUUUGGAUUAUCCACCGGAUUCCACAAGACCCAUGAUUCAAACUAUUACAAGAAGUUGCUCCAGCAACAGGAUCAGGGCAAAUUACCACAACCGCAGUCUUUGAACGAGCCAGGUUCUAGAAAUACAAUGAUGGUUGAUGCUAUCCAUAUGACUUUAUCCAACAGACAGCAGAUCCAAACCUGGAGGAAGUCGCGUCGUUUAAUGGCGUACUCAACCGUCGGUACGCCUGAUUACAUUGCUCCAGAGAUCUUCAUCCAUCAAGGGUACGGUCAAGAGUGUGAUUGGUGGUCCCUAGGUACCAUCAUGUUUGAAUGUCUAGUUGGAUGGCCACCGUUCUGCUCUGAAACCCCACAGGAGACUUAUAGAAAGAUUUUGAACUUCCAAGAAACUUUACAAUUCCCAGAUGAUGUUCAUCUUUCCCCAGAAGCUGAGAAUCUGAUUAGGUUGUUGUUAACCCAUGCAGAGAACCGUUUAGGACGUCAUGGUGGAGCUGCUGAGAUUAAGGCACAUCCAUUCUUCCGUGGUGUUGAUUGGAAUACCAUUCGAGAAGUGGAUGCACCAUUCAUUCCAAAGCUGAAGAGUAUAACGGACACUAGAUUCUUCCCAACUGAGGAGUUGGAGAACGUUCCUGAGAAUCCUGCACUGGCCAGAGCCGAACGUGAAAGACAAGCCCACGGAGGUGCAGCAUCUAAUGGUGAUAGUAAGGAAGAUUUACCAUUCAUCGGUUAUACCUACUCCAGGUUUGACUAUCUGACUAGAAAGAAUGCUCUGUGA